UUUUCAUUGGGUGAACGCCAUUCUGUCGGGAUGCUCUAGACGUAUCAUUUCAUUGGGUGCUUGUGGGCCGUUACCUCGGCAACGCAUUGCUUCCAGCGCCAAUCAGUUGACAGGACAAGCAGACCUGGUCCGCUUGGUGUGUUCCCACUGUAUCCUCAAAGUCACCCGUAUAACUACAUUUCGCGGACAGAAUCCCACAAGAACUCAUAGCGUUCGGUACACAGCGCAACCGCGUGGCGCUGGCCCGGUCGGCGGCGUUAGUGGCUCCGUCGGCGGGGGCGCAAGUUCGGGUGGAUCAGCUGUUGGUGGAACUGUGGGUACGAACAAUACUGGCCAGAGCCAAGGUCAAGGAACUACGACCUCUUCGCUUACUGCGGCUUCACUUAAUCUCGAACAUCAGCAAUUCAACAUCUUCCCGGCAAUUUUCAGUCGACAACUCAACUUCUCAGCUGCUGCUGCAAACUGUGGUCAAAGCAAGCUUAUGGAUGAACUGAGGCCUAACCUUGGCUUAUUGGGAGUCAAUCUGAUGGAGAACGAAGCCUUUCACAUAAAUCAUAAUCAGGAAAAACGAAAGUGUAAUAGUGCAAGUUCAAACGAGCAAGACUUUGGAAUCUAUGGGGUGCAUCAAAGCCUUGAGACAAGCCCACCAACGUCUACAGGAACUCCUGGAAGAAAUAGCGUAGGCGCUGUUACGUCCGUAGUUACAGGAGCGGAGGGUGCUUUCAAAAAAUUGAAACCAGAACCUUGUGCUUCUAGUUCACAUAUUGGUCAUACACCAACAACCGCAAGCUGCCCUACACCAGCACGACGACGCCAUCGAACGACUUUUACGCAGGAGCAACUUGCCGAGCUGGAAUCGGCCUUUGCAAAAUCACAUUAUCCAGAUAUUUACUGCAGGGAAGAGCUAGCUAGAACAACAAAACUAAAUGAAGCAAGAAUUCAGGUUUGGUUCCAAAAUAGAAGAGCUAAGUAUCGAAAACAAGAGAAACAGCUUCAGAAAGCACUUGCUCCUAUUCCAACGUGUCAAGGGGCGAUGAUGAGAAAUAUUUAUCCUGGUGCAAGUAGAGGUUAUCAACCAUAUCCUCAUCCUCACAACAGUAUAAAUGGAAUCAAUCGUUAUCCUCAGAUGAGUUCUGCGUCGUAUCCUAGUAUGACACAGCCAUUUUCUAUGACGCAUUCGGCAACAAACAUGUCUGCUGUUACAGGAAUGCGACAAGAAAGCAUGGGUAUGUCAGCAGAAGAUGAAUGGUAUAAUAAGAGUAUUUCUGCUCUAAGAAUGAAUACUGCUCAUCAUCCAAAUCUUACGGCACCAAUGCUUCAAUACCAGACAUAAUUUUGGUAUCGUGAAUUUGACAAAGAGUACGUCUUGUUGAGUUUAAAUCAAUAACGAAGAGCGCCAAUAACGUGCUUGCCGUUUUCACCAACAGUACCGUGUUCCACAAUUGUUUUAAACUAAUCAUAAAGUCAAUUUUCUUCUAUUUUCUGAAGCUCUUGGAGAAAAUUCUAAAAAAGAAAAUAUAAUGUAAAAUGGAUAAAAAGCAUCACAUGAAAAAUAAAAUACUUAAAAAUGCACUCUAUACUUAGCUCUAAUAAAAAGAUUAUUUAUAAA